AUGACCGCCACAGCCACGGCCAGCGGCGUGCACAAGCUCUCCAGCAGCACCAAGGAGGAAAGGAAGCUAAGGAAGCCUCUCAUUGAGCGGAAGCGAAGGGAAAGGAUUAAUAACUGCUUGGACCAGCUGAAAGAGACCGUUGUGGGCGCGUUUCACCUGGAUCAGUCUAAACUCGAAAAAGCAGACAUCCUCGAAAUGACAGUCAAACACCUUCAGAACAUUCAAAACAGCAAGCUGAUGGCUGAUUCCAAAGUGGGCCUUGAAGCUCAGCAGAGGUACAGCACUGGAUACAUUCAGUGCAUGCACGAGGUCCACAACCUUCUCCUCACCUGUGAGUGGAUGGACAAGACACUUGGGGCCCGACUGUUAAACCACCUGCUGAAAUCUUUACCGAGGUCUGGUGAAGACACCUGCAAAGGAGCAUUAAGAUCUUCAAGCCCAUCUCAGCAGCCUCUCUUGACACCAAAAACCCCACUGGGCCCUAAGGGGAACUCUCCCAGCACAAAUCCAUCUCAGGAGCACUUCUACCCAGUGGAGAACAAACAGGCUUUCAAAAAUUCAUUCCAGCUGCCGUCGCUGUCGGUUUUCAGCCAGGUCGAUGCUGUGCCUCCCAGACAGGUCCUGCAGCUGAAUUUUUCCCAUAAUAACCCUAGUAUGGGGUCAUUAGAUAUGUGGAGACCAUGGUAA